AAUGUUUCGAUAAAUUAGAUUUUAUUAUGUGGAAACCUUAUGUGCCAGGUUGUAACCACAAAAAGUAUCUGCAGUUGGUGUGCAGGUCUCUCCGUCUUACUCCCAGACGUAGUUAUGCUGAAACAAAGAUCGUGGAUCUGCCCAUGGGCCGUGUGAAGGGUCGCCGACAGUGUGGCAUUUAUGGCGAUCCGUUCUUCAGUUUUGAGGGCAUUCCCUUUGGCAAACCACCGCUGGCUGAUCUCCGUUUUGUGGCCCCAGAGCCCGCAGAUCCAUGGGAGGGUCAGGAGCUAGAUGCCCAACAGGAAAGGGACAUACCCCUGCAGAUGGAGUUACUUGGAGGCAGCACCAUUGGCAGUGAGGAUUGCCUUUACCUGAAUGUCUACACCAAGCACUUCGAUAAAACAAAGCCUCCUCUUCCCGUCAUGGUCUAUAUCUAUGGUGGUGCCUUUCGCACUGGCGGUGCCACGCGGAAGAAGUACGGCCCGGAUUAUUUGAUGUCCAAGGACAUUGUGUACGUGAUCUUCAACUAUCGGCUGUGCGCUCUCGGAUUUCUCAGUUUGCCCAGCAUCGAAUCGAAUGUCCCCGGCAAUGCGGGACUGCACGAUCAACUGCUGGCUCUCAAGUGGAUCAAACAGCAUAUUCAGCACUUCAAUGGCGAUCCGGAGAACAUCACGCUUUUCGGCGAGAGCGCAGGGGCUGUGGGGGUGCAUUUCAUGAUGUGCCUGCCGCAGGCCAAGUGCCUCUUCCAUAAGGCCAUUAUGAUGUCUGGCUCGAUGCUGAAUCCGUGGGCACAGAUCCCGGGUCGAGCCAGUUUGUACUGCCAAUUGGCACUGGCUGCUGGCUAUGUGGGACCACGCAGGGAGAAGGAUAUGCUGCGGUACCUUCGCUGGGUGGAGGCCAAGAAAUUGGUGCAGUACGCUCUUAAUGCCUACACCUUUCACGAUCGAUGCUCUGGCUUUCUCUAUCCGUUUGUGCCGGGCGUGGAAGAGGCCCAGUGUGAGAGGGGUCUGGUCCAGAAGCCAUAUCUGGACAUGAUGAGGGAUGCCUGGUCCACAGAGGUUCCCCUGUUGCUGGGCGGCACCUCCUUCGAAGGAUUGGUCUUCUAUCCCUUCUGCAAGCUGAGCAAUGGCAUUAUGCUGGAUUACCUCAAACAGGAACCAUCAAUGGUGCUGCCCAAUGAACUGUUUCUCACGAUGUCCGAAGAGGUGCGCAAGGCUAGUGCUAAGGAACUAGUCAAAUAUCACUAUGGACCCCAAGGGAUAACCAAACAGAAUGUGAUGCAGACUCUGGAUCUCUUCAGCUACAAACUCUUCUGGCAUGGUAUACAUCGCGUUGUACGCUCUCGCUUGGCCCAUGCCCAGGCCCCCACCUAUCUGUACCGCUUCGACUUUGAUUCCUCGAGUUUUAAUCUAAUGCGAAAUCGCUUAUGCGGCGAUGACAUCAAGCGGGGUGUCUGUCAUGCCGAUGACAUGGGCUAUGUGUUUCACAAGAAGGGCGUACAGAAACUGCCCUUGGACUCUGCUGAAUAUCUCACUAUACAAAGGAUGGUGGGCAUUCUGACAGCCUUUGCGAAGACUGGAGAUCCUAAUUGUGCCGAAACGAAGUCGGAGCCCUGGUCACCCCUCACCGAAAAGAUGCCCUACAAGGCUAUGAAUAUAGGAUAUCAGCUAGAGUUUAUAACGCAGUACGAAAAGGAUGGCCUGGAGGUGUGGAAUCGUCUAUAUGAUAAUAAGGCUAAACUUUAUGGUGCCUGAAUAAAUGUGUUCCUAAAAGUAUUCUACUUCUGAGAGGCAAUGCGGGCCACAAUUUACCAAUAAUUUGUGCUAAAAAUCGUACUAACAAAUUUCUGUAAAAUGAUCUACAAUGUCCCAUCAAAAUUUC